CUUUGUAUUACUCCAAAAAUUUGCGGAGUAGUAUAUAAAUAUUUUUCACUCGAAACUGAAACUGCAGACCCAAGGCCAAACCUGAAAGCGCUCCAAUGGCGGCUCACAGUGAAGAACCAAAGAGAAGAGGCAAGAGGAAAAGAGAUCAAACCCGUCCUAAACUUCUCCUCGGGGAGAAAGUUGAGGUGAGGUCUUUUGAUGAAGGGUUCCUCGGGUCAUGGCACAUGGGUAAAGUGGUCUACUGUAAAAAAUCAUUACGCCAUGUGCAAUAUGACCACCUUCUAUGUGAUGAUGGAUCUUGCAGCUUGACUGAAAUAGUUAGGGUCAGCCCGUUAAUUGAAGGUGUCAAACCUGCUCAGUGGGACCCAAAUAGUCAUCGUGGUGUGAUCAGACCUUUGCCACCUUCAUGCAAUUUCAGUAAAUCAACACCUCCUCAGUAUGGACAAUGUGUUGAUUCUUUCAUUCAUGAUGCCUGGUGGGAAGGUGUGGUUUUUGACCAAGAGGAUGGUUCUGAGGAGAGGAAGGUCUUUUUCCCAGAUCAGGGUGAUGAUAUGAUGAUCCGUGUUGAUAACUUGCGGAUAACUCUAGACUGGAAUGAGCUUACUGAAGAAUGGAAGCCACGAGGAAACUGGGGAUUUCUUGAAAUAAUCAAUGAAGUAAAGAAAGAAUCUCCCCUAUUCGCCUCGGUGAAGCAAAUAUGGUAUGAAGUCAGGGAGAAGAGUGAAAACAGCAAUCCAAAGGAGUGGACUUUCUGUGGAAGAGAAUACUGGAGGGAGUUGGUAUCACAUGUAAUAUUUGACAAUCUGAAGAUAACCGUCAAUCAGUUCUUAGGGAUAUUGAACUCCUCAGAAUGUUUUGUACAGGAUGGACCGCUUCUGGAAAUUUCUGAACCCGUUCUCAAGACUAUCAUGAAACCAGAAACAUUUCUCAGUGCUUCCGGUCAUCAAAUUGUAGUAGUUCCCGAGCAUCUUCUGCCUAAUGUUGAGAGUGGUUCAACUAGUCAAUAUGGAGAACAGAAUCACUGUGAAAAUCCCAAAGUUCCCCCCAGUAAGAAGCUAAGUUCUUCUAAACGGAAAAAGUAUAGAUCUUGGAACUGGGUUCCUUUGGUUCUUGAACCAGAAUUUUGCCCUGAUGCAAUUAUUCAGUUCAGAAAAAUGUCUAUGCCAAGGAAGCCAGACAUACUCACAAAAGUAAGGAAACAUCUUACACAUUUGGGCUGGAAAAUCAAGCAGUCAAACAGUGGACGUAACUCUAGGUUACAUUAUCUUUCACCUUCUGGGAAGUCAUAUGUAUCGCUUCAUAAAGCUUGUAAUGAGUUAGAAAAGGCAUCCGAACCACGUUCUGUCAUUCACAAAAAGAGAAGUCGUCGCGGUUUUACUGAUAUAUCACCUGCACAAGGAUUCCUCUGCCUGACCGAUGGAACCACAGCAUGCACCGUACCUGAGGAUUCUUCAGAAGUUGUCAUUGAUUCUCAGUACUGCCCUCAAGCAGUGAGUGACUAUAUGUUUUCAAUGCGAAAAGAAAAUGGUACUCCCAAAAGAAGGGGAAAUCCAAAGUUUAUUGAUGAAGCUAGGAAGCAUCUGGUUUUUUGUGGAUGGAGAAUCUUUAAGUAUUGUAAAAUGUUCCGCUUUUUGUCUCCUAAUGGACAUUCAUGCUAUUCACUUCUAGCAGCUUGUAAAUAUCAUGUUAUGCAGAGUGAAACCAAGAACAAUAUAGUUAAUGUAAAUGUUAUAAAAUCUCAGAAGGCCAUACCGGUUGACAGUGAGGUUUUCAGGCCGAGUAAAGUGAGAACAAAGAGAAAUGUAUUCAACCAAGAAUCGGUAGAUGCUAAUCUAGAAACUACUACUUCAACUCGCUUGAAGAGAUCAAGUAAAACUGUAGUUUCUUCUGCUCACAGAAUGCCACGUAAUAUCUUAUCUUGGUUGAUAGACAAUGAAGUGAUUCGUCCAGAGACGACAGUGAGAUAUUGUGGAAGGAAAGAUGGCCGGUCAUUGAAAGAGGGGAGCAUAACACGGGAUGGGAUCAAAUGCAACUGUUGCCUGGAAGUUUAUAGUAUUACUAACUUUGAGGUUCAUGCAGGAAGCACCAAUCACAGGCCUUCUGCCAAUAUCUUUUUGGAAGAUGGGAGAUCCUUACUCGAGUGUCAGUUCGAGAUGAAACAAAAACUUAGUGUAAAUAAAACAAAGAUAGUGCAUGAAGUUCGAGAUACUAAUCAGAAUGACCAUAUUUGCUCUAUCUGCCAUGAUGGCGGUGAAUUAAUUCUGUGUGACCAGUGCCCAUCCUCAUUUCAUACUAGUUGCCUAGGGUUGAAGGUUGUUCCAGACGGUGAUUGGUUCUGCCCAUCAUGUUGUUGUGGAAUCUGUGGCCAAAGCAAAUUCAAUAAAAAGCCAGAUGAAGUCACAGAUGAAAGCAUUCUCUAUUGUCAUCAGUGUGGUCAUCAAUAUCAUUUUGGGUGCGUCAAAGUCAGAGAUAAGUGUUUCUUGAAGCAAGACAGUUAUCCUGUGGAAAAUUGGUUUUGCAAUAGAAGAUGUGAACGGAUUUUUUCGGGACUUCAUCAAUUUGUGGGAAAACCAAUAUCAGUGGGAACUGAUAAGCUAACUUUGACAUUUCUGAAAUGCACUAAAUCAAAUGAUUCUGCCACUGAGAAUGAGUAUAUGACAGAGAAUUAUGGCAAACUUGGUGUUGCCCUUGAUGUGAUGCAUGAGUGUUUUGAUCCUAUCAUAGAAUCUCGAACCCGGAGGGAUAUCAUGGAAGAUGUUAUCUUUAGUAGAUGGUCUGAGUUGAACCGUUUAAAUUUUCAAGGAUUCUAUACUGUGGUUUUGGAAAAAAAUGAUGAACUCAUUACUGUGGCUACUGUAAGGGUCCAUGAUGAGAAAGUAGCUGAGAUCCCUUUUAUUGGCACAAGAUUUCAAUAUCGACGACUUGGAAUGUGUCGGUUUUUGAUGAAUGUGCUCGAGAAGAAACUUAAGGAAUUAGGAGUUGAAAGGUUAGUAUUGCCAGCUGUGUCCAGUGCAUUGGACACAUGGACCACUUCAUUUGGUUUCUCGGUAAUGCAAGAUUCUGAGAGAUUGAGGUUCUUGAAUUAUACUUUCCUUGAUUUCCAUGGUACUGUCAUGUGUCAAAAGAUGUUAACAAGCACGGACUUGAUUGUAUUAGCAGAACUAGAUCAGCAAUCACUUGGUCAUAUUGACAAUGGGAAUGGUGAUUUUGAUGAGAGUAUUGCAAUCUCUGAGGUCUUUCAAGUGAAAAAGUUUGAUGGUGAUGAAAGUAUUGGCAAAGAAUCACUGGAAUUUGAGAACGCCUCCACAUGUAGUGGACUGUCUGCCAUGCUUUCAGAGUCGAAAUGGAGGAGCAUAUCAUACCAACAGCAGCAACAUUCGAUCUCCCUUCGUUCUCAAGUACAAAUCAACUCUUCCCCGCUACCUGGCUGAUAUGACUUUGGAUUACUCGCCAGAGGGAGUGUUGGAGACUUUUCUCAUUUCUUGGAAGCAAAGCUGGCCUAGGGAUGGAUGUAAGAGGGAUUGUAGGAUUGUACAUAGGUCAUAGGUUAGAUCAUCCGAAACUUGAAUUUAAGUAUCUUUUUGGCCAGUUUUGGUGUACAAAUUUUUGUUUGAGUGCUCACAUGUGAUUUCCCCCCUUUUCAUAUAAAUAGUGUGGAUCCUAUGGAAUACUCCUGCAUAUUGCCACCCUAAAAUAUCAAUUUUUCAAUCGUUCUAAGCCCGUCAUGAGUAUUUAA